AUUAGAUAAUAGCCAUCUUUGUUUGUACAAUAUCAACUUUCGACCACUCUUGAACAUAUAUCACUUGCUGCAUAUUGAUCAAACCAUAAUAGCUAGCCAGCCACCGUAUAACCAAACCCUCAUGGCAUCCACUGAUAAGCCUGACCGUGAAUCCAUCAAGUCCGAGGAGGCACCUGCAGCCCCUCCUCGCCGUUCCAACUAUUCUUCUGUUCAUGUUGCUCUCAGGGUCUUGUUGUUUGCAGCCUCAGUGACUGCUGUCGUGGUCAUGGUCACUGCCAAGCAAACGGAGAUUGUUCCUGUGCCUGGAUUACCUAUUAGCGUUCCUCUCGAAGCCAAAUUCAGCGACUCCCCAGCCUUUAUAUACUUUAUCUCGGCCUUAUCCGUUGCCGGCUUGUAUGGCAUCCUGACGACCCUAGCAUCAAUUUCAGUAGUCUUGAAGCCAGCUUAUGCAACUCGGUUCUUGCUCCAUUUUGCUUUGUUGGACGUGCUUAUGUUGGGAAUAGUAGCCUCGGCAACCGGUGCCGCCGGAGGCGUGGCAUAUAUCGGAUUGAAGGGCAACAGUCAUGUAAGAUGGGGCAAGGUGUGCAAUGUGUAUGAUAAAUUCUGUCAACAUGUUGGAAGCUCCAUUGCAGUUGCAUUGUUCGCUUCAGUUCUGCUCGUUUUGCUCACCAUGCUCUCAGUCUUCUCCAUUUACCGAAAGAUCCCCAAGUAGAGCUCUGUGGAAACCAAAUUCGUAACCCCAUCUUGCUGAGAAUUUGUGCACCUAGAAAUUGUACGUGUAAUUAAGGUGGAGCCUUGCUACUGUUGUGUUGUGUUGGAUCAGUUCAUAGCUAAGGUUUCUUUUCUGUAAAUUGUAUGUUUGUGUAACCUGUUUCUUAAAUUUGGAAUGUAAAUGUUCAUUGUAACCACAUAAAAAAAAAACAAGUACUUGUUUGUAAGUUCUAUUCAAUUGAUAUGCAUUUGUGCUCCUCUAGAGCUGGACUUGA